GCCCUUUGCACAACACUGCGCAUGUCCGUCAUAAUCAGAUGGCUAGGCAGAUGUAAUGGGAGUGACCCAUUUGGAAGCUGAGGAUAACUUAUUUCCAUUGUUAAUAGACUUAAAAUCUUAAAAUGCGACGACUCGGUUCUGUACAGCAGAAGAUACCCUGUGUGUUUUUGACUGAGGUAAAAGAGGAACAGUCCAGAAAACGCGAGUCACAGCAAUUUCAGGUUGUAGCCACUGAAAAUGUGAACCCCAUAGUACUGGAAUCGAAUAUUAACAGUGCACUUGCUACAGAAAAAUUGGAUGGUACCUGCUGUUAUGUAUCCAUGUAUAAAGAGCAACCGUACCUCUGGGCUCGACUAGACCGGAAACCCACCAAGCAGGCAUGCAAGAGAUUCAAGAGACAUCAGUGUUCGUACAGAAGUGGAAAAGGUUUCGCGUGGAAUGUGGAGGAAGAUUUCAAGACAGUUCCUGAGACAUGGGUCCCGGCGCUCAGAGUUGAGCACCAGAAUGGACAGCCUGUUCCCGAUGAACACGGCCACAUCCCAGGUUGGGUUCCAGUGGAGAAAGAUGACAAGCCGUAUUGCUGGCACUCGUCAGUCGUGGACUAUGACGCAAGACUGGGGCUGGUUUUGAGGCCCAGUGCCCAGAAUGAAGACCUGCUGGAGAUCACUACAGUACCACUGGCUGACCUCAUGGAGCAAACCCUGGAGCUCAUUGGAACCAAUGUCAAUGGAAACCCAUAUGGGAUGGGAAGUAAAAAACAUCCUGUGCACAUCCUGGUUGCCCAUGGAAGUGUGCGCAUCAGGAACCCUCCCCUGGUGGACUACCAUCAGCUUACAUCCUGGUUCCGAGACAGCCAGGAGGGCCGCGUGGAGGGGAUCGUCUGGCACUGUAACGACGGCACCCUGGUUAAGCUUCAUCGUCAUCAUCUGGGACUAAAAUGGCCCGACGGUGACACCUUCCUUAAUGCUCGUCCAGUUGUCGUCUACAUGGAGAGUGUGGUACAAGAGUAUGACAAUACCAGCAAGGACUUGUUUACAUCUUUCGCCCGGUUAAAUGGACAUCACUUCAGCAGGCUGCGGGACAUUCAGUUUGACCCUUCACCAGAAAGUCCUAUUUAAGUCAGCAAGCUUUUUCCAUAAAUCUACCAGGAGCUGUGUGGAGAAACAUUUCUGUUUUACAAGCUUCCCUACUGUUUUAUUCUGUCAGAUUAAUCCAGGCUGCAUUACAAUAACCCUCCAUUUCACACCAGUUGGUGAACAUUGCCAAUAGAUCAUAGCUUCCCUUAACAAUUCCAAUAAAGUAUUUGUAAAUAUAGCAGUUCAUUCAAACCUACUUGGAUCAUUGUUGUAGAAUAUCAGAUUACCAUUAAGGUUUCAGACUAUUCCUAUCUGCAGCAAAAGAGAAUAUGCAUGUGAAUAUACAUGCAUGAUAAUUGUUUGCCAGAUAUUGUUGGGGGAAAUGUUUUCAGCACAGUAACAGUUGUAAAUUAGACAAGUGCGAAUGUUACAGAAAACAUUUAUUUUAAAUAAAUGAGCCACAUCUUCAAAUGCCAUAGAACCUGCUCAACAAAUGUCCUGUACGUUUUGUCCCUGCUAUUUUACCAGGUAAUUAUGCUUUUUGUUUUAAAGUUUAUUUGGUCCCACAUUUGUUUGGGCUCUUGUCAACUGUCAUUGGGUCAUAUAGCAACAAGGAUAUCCCCAAUUGUCUUUGCAGAAACUAUCACUACACAUGGGAUGGACAUUACACCUUCUUUAUUAAUAGAAAAAUAUAAAACAAUCCCCAAGUGUUGUAUUUCACAAAUGCUAUAUGGUCUGUUCUGUACGAAACAGGAAAAAAUAUUCUAAAAGGAUUCUCAGAAGGAGAAAACCAAAUAAAUACUAUAUAUUUAUGAGUAAAGCUUUCAAAGGUCAAAUCUAUCCAUUCUGUGUUAGCUGAUGGACAUAUCAGGAAUAUCGGCAGCUGCUACACCAAACUGCUCACAAACUUUCUUGAGUUGCUCCUCUAGAACAAUGUUCUUCUUCACCUCCAGAUUGUAAUUAAACUUCAGAUCCUCGAUAUCGUCAAAGAAUGUUGGAUCAAAGUUCUCCAGCUCCCUUUUCAUCUUUUUUAUUUCAACCUGAAAUUGGGCAGGACAAACAUGCAUGUUUAUUGUUUGAGCCAACUUUAUUUUCUAAAAUAUUUCAGGUAAAGACCACUUUAUCACAUUACCUGCAGCUGCCGUUUGUCCUGAUCAGUUGUCUUCAGCAGAGCUUGUAACUCCUUAUAACCUGCAGAAUGAUCCAACAUUUGUUCAUGUGCACAUAUUGUGCUAGUUAGUGAGUGCACCUAUUCAGGUUCUGUUACAUUCCUGGUGUCAUUAUACAUAAAAAAAAAAAAAAAAAAAAAA